AGUUAAGUUUAGGUCUAAAUAGAAAGUUUAGAAAUCAGGUAUUAACUGAUUAGUGAAAGUCUUUAUGAAACAUUUUGUCUCUUGACUGAAGGAUAUCAUUAGCAUUGCACUUAUUUAAAGAAGAUAAAUACAGUACCUGUAGUGUCAUUGUUUGCUAAGUAAAUACACCGACAGACCUAAUUUGAUGGCCUAUCAUGAAUAGGCCUACUUGAAUUCUAGUAUUGGCCUAUGCAAGAAGCAACAAGCAAACUUGAAGUUGAGAUCGGCAUUGAAUUUGAAUGUCAUAAGGAAUCAAAUCAAUUUGAUGAAAAACUUUGUUGUAUUUAUAAGGUGUGUAUGUUACCAUGACAUUUUUCUCCAAACCAGUUAACUGUGGGUUCACCGUCCAAAGAUUUUCAGUAUGUAUUCCGUUAUUGGUCUAUGUAAUAUUUAUUUUUGUACUCAAUUUUUCUUCUGUACCAUUGAGAUCAUCAGAAAAGAGUAGUUUAGAAAAAUUAUUCAAAAAGACAAUUGUGCAAAACAAAGAUAAAAGUGUUGUUUUGAGUGUAAAUGUUGUGGACAAGGAUAGUCUCCAACGUAAUUUUAAUAAUGAAGACCGGAAGAAUUUUCCUCCCACUGAACUGCUGGCAUCUAUAUUCCUGAAAGUUGACAAGGAUGGAGACAAACUGUUGACAAUUGAGGAGCUCUCAGAAUACAUACAUUUGGAAACUCAAAAACACAUCAACCAGGGUGUCCAAGAAAAUUAUGGACUGUUCAUAUCAAUUGAUAGGGACCCAGCUAAUGGUGUUGUUUCUUGGGCUGAGUACCAUAAAUACUUUCUGCUUAAGAAUGGGCUUGGGGAAGAUUAUGCCGAUCACCACAAUGAAAAACAUAGAGAACUGCAACGUUCUGUCAAAGAAAUCAUUGCAAGAGAUAAAGCGUCAUGGUCGGAAGCUGCAAGGUCAGAUCCAGAUUCACUGACGUUGGACGAAUUUCUGGCAUUCCGCCACCCUGAGUCUAGUCAUGUGACCAUAUUGGCUCUGGUAGAUGAACUUCUGGAUAAGCUGGAUCGUGAUGGUGAUGAGUUGCUGACAGAAGAAGAGUUUGCUCGUCUUCAGGUGGGGGAAGGGGGAGAGGUGUUGUUGUCUCAGGGAGAGACGGAGCGUAGAGCUGAGUUCCGCAGUUUCCUAGACAUUGACCACGAUGGUAAAGCCGACAGGAAAGAAAUAGUGAUGUACAUGGACCCCAAACACCCGAGACACGCGCGGGAGGAGGCAGAGACCCUAGUGGCGCUGUCAGACAUCGACCACGAUGGAAAACUCAGCCUAUCAGAAGUACUCAGCAAGAUGGACCUAUUUCUGGGCAGCAAAAUGGUUGACACUGCCAAAAGCUUUCAUGACGAGUUCUGAGUUUUGGUAAGUAAGAUUUGUGAUAAAGCUAAUCCCAAGGAUCCUGGCGACUUUCUGUUCAUAAGUUUAUCUACUGUAGGUAGCUGAGUAACUGUAGGGCUCACCCAAUUGUGUUUUUGCUUGUUGUUUGAGAGUCACUAGUUUAAUCCUGAGAAAAAUAAAUAACAUUUUAAAGGUUUGAGAUUGAACUUAGCUUUCCUUGACCAUUGGGUUCAACAAAAAAUUGACGUUAGAUAGUAACAAGACAAGGCUUUGGACUGUUCCCCUAGUAAAGAAAUAAAAAUGCUAAUGACGAUUAUAAAAUCAAAUGCAGAUUUUUGCACAUUUCCUAAUCGUUGUUUGAUUUUUAAUUUUUCUUAUCCCUUAUUAAUGUUUUAAAUAGAUUAUAUAAAUAUCCUUCCACAUUUGCAAUAUGAUCAGCAUUUAAAGUUAUUAAAUAGUGUAGGCACAGCUAGGGUGUAAUGUUAAGGGAGGCUGAGAGGUUGUUGCCAAGGGAAGGUUUUAAUAAUUAAUUUCUAAGAACAUCUAGCCAGCCUUGUUCAUUUUUUUUGUCAAUUUUCUAUCAUCUUUGUGGUAAAUGAGUCAUCUGAUCUCAGGACAGACUGUUACAUCCAAACUAUUUAGUAUUUAUUCUACUUAUUUGAGGGCUUUUUGCAGAUUUUGCCAUGAUAAAUAAUCAAAAGUUUAUAUGACGUUCUACAAUUUUCCUUCGAACAACUUAAUCUUAAAAAAUGUAAAGAAGGAAAGAAUAUUGUUUUGAUAUUUGAAUAAGUUUGUUCUGACUGUAACUUAAGGCCCGUUCACACGGGGCGAGUUUACAAGCUACUCGCCAGCGUGUAAGAAGCCGGCGAGUUGGCGAGUGUGCUUGUAUUCGUUCACACGGAGCUUGUCCACUCGCCAACUCGCAGAUGUGUAGAAAGACGCCGGCAAGUCGGCGAGUGCGCUUGUAGUCGUUCACACGAUGCUUUUUCCACUCGCUCAGUAGCUGGCUUGAACCAAAUCCUCCAACAUCUUUGAGUAACAAGCGCACAAGCACAAGCAACUGUCUUCACACUGGGCUACUUUACACGCCAACUCGCUCAAAAGCUGGCGAGUUGGCGUGUAAAGUAGCGGCACCGUCAACUUUUUCCAGAGCUUUUUUACAAGCAGCUUUUGAGCAAGUACGUCGUUCACACUGAGCUAUUUUACUAGCUGCGUGUAAAAAAGCCAGCGUGUAGCUUGUAAACUCGCCCCGUGUGAACGGGGCUUUGUAGUAUUUUCACAUUUAUAGGAAUAUAAGUUGUGAUCUCCGUCCCAGUCUAGGCUUAUGAAAGCUUGGCUGAUACACUCCACCAGCACCAACAUUUUGAUUUUUCAAAACAAUUUUUUUUUUCAAAAUCAUGUAUUAAUGUGAGCAGUGCCAGAUUUACCACUACUGACAAGGUUGCGGCCUUGGGCCACAGCUUUUUGUACACAGAAACUUGUUAAAAACAAAACCAUAAUUUAUAUUUUCUAAAAUUAAUAUUUUGCUACACUCACGGAUGAUGAUGAUCAUUGGAGAUGUUCACGAUUUUCCGCGAUCGCAGGGGACGAUGAUGAUAACCUGUGAUAGCGAGAGAUGUUCACAAUUUCUCUGCGAUUGCAAGAAGUUUCACCAAAGGGGCGGGAUCCGCUCAGGUGUUUUUGGCCUAUGGCCAUCAGUACCCUAAAUCUGGCACUGAACUGGAGUUGUCAAGAAAUUGAUAAUACAUUUUUGUUUAACAAAAAUAAACAUGUUUAUAUUCAUUAUAUCAAUUUUUAGUUUUUAGUGAAUACAAUUUCCCAGAUUUGUUAUUCCAAACAUUUUAAUAAGGUAUAUUGAUAUUGAUAAUGAGAACUCCAGUUAAACCUUUAAACACAAUUAAAAAAUGCAGAACCAGAAUUACGUUCCACUAAUAACUGUGAAAGAAAUUUACAUAACGCCAAUACUGUACAGUUCUUGUCUAAGGUUGUUAGUUAGUUGUAUUGUUAAACUUGUCACGUUUCCGUGUGUAGUAGUAUUAAAAAUAUCAAGUGAUUAACAUUUUGUAUAAAUUUUUUAAGGAAUUAAUCAAUGCUUUUUUUAGUAGUAUUUUAAAUUGUAAAUUUGAUUGUUAAGACGUUCUAAGACAAAUAGUUAUUUAGGUGAAAAUAAAAUGACAAUGAAACCUCGCUUUAGAUGAUGUGCACCAAACAUGUAAAUUUUUUGAUUCCAUUGCAUUAGUGUAUAAAUAUUAUCUAGUCUUAUUCAUUAUGUUAAAGUUUUCUUGUCAAGUAGGAGGGUAAAUUCAUUUGUAGUUAUGAA